AUGAAUGUAAUUAUGGUGUGUCCCACUCCUACUCGCUCUGGAGCAAAGUAACAACACAGUCUUCACUCUUGUCUCAUCAAUUCCCCCACAAUGGCUUCCCGCUUCCUCUUCGCCCUAACUCUCCUCCUCCUCCUCGUCCUCUCCGCCGCCGAGGAAGAAGCCAUGGAUGACGGCGCGCCUAAUCGCCGCUCACUCUUCUGGAACAAAGCGAUCCACUACUACAUCUCCUACGGCGCUCUCUCCGCCAACAGGAUCCCUUGCCCGCCGCGCUCCGGCCGCUCCUACUACACGCAUAAUUGCCACAGAGCGAGGGGCCCCGUCCACCCCUACUCCCGCGGCUGCUCCGCCAUCACCCGCUGCCGCCGCUGAUUCCAAUUUCUACUGUGCGCCUUUCUCUCUCUAAACUUUGAUUUUCGUGAAUGUGUGUUGGAUUGGAUUGAGUUUCGAGGGGAACUGUAGCAGAUCUGUGAUUUUGUUUGUAUGUGAUGAGGUUGUUACUUAAUUAAUUCUGAUUUGUUUGUUAAUAUUAAAUUAGUAAUGUUAUGUUGAAGUUUGAUUGUGCAAUCAAGAAUCCAUCAGCAGAUUUGUCUUUA